UCCAACCCAAGUUGAUGGGAAAUUGAAGCUGAGAGAGGCGGGAAGGACAGCUCAGGGUCACGCGGUGCAGUGAUAUGGCCACUCUGCCUCUUCAAGUAGCCGGCACUAAUUCUGAUGUCAAUGGCAUCCUCUUUGAGGACUCAAGUUUGGAAAAAAUAUUUGGAGAGGCUCAGCUCCCCCUGGUGGCCCAUCUUGGAAGUCCUUUCAGGAUGACCAAGCAGGAGACCGGAGUCACACUGGAGUGGGCUGAAGGGUGGAGCAGGAGGCAGGCCAAGAAGAAGAAGAAGCUGAGUUGAACCCAAAUGAUGUCCCUGUGAGGAAGGAUCAGAGCUGCCCACUCCUCAGGUCCUCCUGGGCUCAGGAUACAUAUUUCUUAAUGAUAAAAGCUCAGAACACUCAGUGGCGUGUGCUCCAGCAAACCUCUCACAAGCUGAGGAGACACUUAGAGAUGAAUCUGCAAGCUUCAAGAACUUGCUGGUGGGCUGAUUAGGGAAGAAGAAGGAUAGAUGUCUCCCCAGCAGGGCUGAUGGCUCCCUCUCCUUCCAGGUGCCAUCACAUAUGGCCAUUGUGUGUCUCCCCUGCAGCCAUGAGCACCUUGAGGGCAAAGCAGAGGCUGAUUCCCCUGUUAAUGGCAAGUAGGUUGGCGCAAGAAGACCUCUGACAGUUGACAGGUGAGCAGAGGAGAAGCAAGUGGAUGAAUGUGUGAAGAACAAGUGUAGUCAGGAGAGUGGAGGGGGAGACCCACACUUGUGGCAGGGUCAGGGCCUGGUAGAAAGGUGGCUGCCCCCAGGUGUGGGAGCAGGGGCCAGGAACAGCUCCAGACCCAACCUGCCUUGCCUGGGUGUUUAUUGUCCAGUUUUUACCCUCUGGUCACCUGUGCAACAGACUUCCUCUCAUCAAGUGCUUGAAGUGUCCUGGCAUGUGUGAUGACUUGUUAAAAAAAAAAUCAGCACACUGAGCAACAAGGAACAAAAACUGAUGUAUAUCAGGGUGCAGAGAUGUUAGAGUGUCAACCAAGUCACAGCUGACUGGUGGAAGCCUUGUGCCGCUGUUAACCCAGCAGCUCCUACCUGCAUGCUGAUAGAUGCAGGGCAGUACUGAGUCUGGCCUCUGGGUGGCAGCAUUGUGCGCUGGGGUCCUUCCUCACUGAUGAGGUCCUUCCUCACUGAUGGGGUCCUUCCUAACUGAUGAAGUUCUAGUGGGGAAAACGUUGUGCUCUGAGUCAGGGUGAGUUGCUGCAUCUGUAGUAGUCAGGAUGCUUUGGAUGCAAAGGAGGAAAAACUAUUUCUGGUCAAGUUAGCUGAGAAGAUUAAUUAGAAGGGUAGCUCAUCUAACAUCCCACAGCUGAAGAUUGGCAGAGUUUGGACUCACAUGGACUCUUGUCUGCCUUCAAGUUCAUGCUCUUAUCAGCAAUUGGCCCAAGAUACUGAGGUCCCAGAGCCCCGUGGACCAAGUGUGCUGGCCCAGGCCCCAGGGGAGCCCUUCAGUCUCACAGCCACUCCCCUGGCCAAGCCCUCCAGAAACUCCGGGGGCUGACAACUGCUGGAGGAUCCACCUUACUCAGCUGGCUCAGGCCCUGUGGCCCCCAUGGCUACUGGGAAGGGAGUUCUGCGGAGCCCUUCAGCUGAAAACAGAUGGCGACUUAGUGAAUCUGAGCAGGGCUGGGGCCGGAAGCCGGUGCUACUGGAGAAAACGAACCGCCUGGGCUCUGAGACUGCCCUGGACGGCAGUGGCCAGGAUGAGGCCUGUGCCGAGAUGGUACUGUCAAUGGCCCCAGGCAAGCUCAGGCUGGGAAAGCUGAUGCCCCGGAAGACUUGGUGGGAACAAGGGCAGAGCGCCUUCACAGAGGUGCCUCGGCUCAAGAAGAGGCUUGGGGGCGGGCAGGCCCAGGACAGGGAGCACAGUGGCCCUGCAGGCCAGCCUGGCCCCCAGCAGCUGACCCUCGAUAUCCCCAGGGACCUAACCCGCAGCACCUGUGUCUCUGUGUGGCCCAGUGGAGCCCGCAGGGAGCAGAGAAGUGCCUUCAGCAAGCCAGCCAGGGGUCCAGCAGGGAGACUGGGACCAGCCUCUGUCUUUCAGGUGGGUGAACCUGCAGACGCCCUGGGAGAACUGCUGGGACUCAUCAACACGGUUGAUGUCACUUGCUGGGGUCAACUUUCCAACUCCAAGCUUUUGGGUGAUUUCUGGAACCUGCACACAGUGCCACCAAAUGCUCCUCUCUGUGGCACUUUCCUGGGCACCCCCACGCUGUGGCUUAAGCGCACCAUGGUCCAGAUCCCCACACCCCCAUCCUCCUCCUCCACCAACUCUUGGGCCCUGCUGCCCCCUACGCUCACCUCCCUGGGCCUGUCCACCCAGAACUGGUGCGCCAAGUGCAACCUGUCCUUCCGCCUGACCUCCGACCUGGUCUUCCACAUGAGAUCUCACCACAAAAAGGAGCGUGCGGGGCCCGACCUGCAUUCUAAGAGGCUGAGAGCAGAGGCCCUCACGUGCCCCAUUUGCCACGAGUACUUCCGCGAGCGCCACCACCUCUCCCGGCACAUGACUUCGCACAGUUAACAGGUGGUUUGGAGCAAGCGCUUGGCCAUGAGGCCAAGAUGGCUCACGGGGCCUUCCUCUGAAAAGUCUGGUCACAGUUGUCUGCAGGGCUCUCUCCUUGGGCAUUUGAGGAUGAACAGCUCAGUCAUAAUUGGAAAAGGACAACCAGUCCCCAUGAUGUGUUUUAAAGGAAAUAAAGCUGUAAAACAGUGCACUUUGCUAGUCACAGGGUAUGGUGAAGAAUAGGCACCAAGCGUUUCUGACAUUUGCAGGAGCAGGGACUCUUCUCCUGUCAGCAUAACUUUUGCUCCACAUGGAAGCAAGUUUGGCACACAACAUGGGCUUUGGAGGCAGACAGAUGUGGGUCAGAAUCCUUGCCCUUUCACAUACUAGCCCUGAGCUUGGGCAAACUGCUCUAACUGUCUGAGUCCCAGCAUUCUUAUCUGUAAAGUGGAGAUGGUGACACGUGUGUCUGAGGGGUGUUGUCAGGAUUCUAUGGGAAGAUGUGUGGGAAAUGGCCAGCACAUGCCUGGCAGUGUCAUCACUAAGUAAAGAGUGCAGUUGUCAUGGUCCAGAUUAGUCACCUGUUGUUAACUGACAAUUUCAGUGGGAAACAGUGCGGGCCCCCUGUUUCUCAGUCAUGGGUCUGUGAGUUGGCUGGGGUUGAGCUGGGCUUGGCUGAUCUUGGUUCCAGGUUGCUUUUUCUCUCAGAACUCAUGGGCUACCACAUCAUGCUUUUCUCAUGGUCAUGCCAAGAGCACAGUAGGACAAGUCCAAAUACACAAACACAUUUCAAGCCUCUGCUUCGGUCACUUCCACUAACAUCUGCUUGACCAGAACAAGUUGAUGGCCAAACCCAAAGUUAAGGGGUGAGAUGUGCAUGGGGGCCAAUAGGGAAGUCAUGAGUGAGUGUAUAAUCCUACAAGGGCUGGAGGAAUUGGUACCAAUAAUUCAACCAACACCUGGUCCAUGGUUAUUCACAUUCUGAAUAUGUGAAAAUGGGAAAAUGAAACAACACACACACAUCCCCCUUAGUUCUCAGGAAGCGAUCAUAAAACCUUAAGGCUUGAAGCACUUUGAGGACUGGGAGAGUUGUGGAUACCAUUUAUUAUCUAAUGUAUGUUGUUUCAGUACCUGUGCUGUUCAUCCACAUUUGUCCUUAUUCCUAAUAAUGCAAAAUUCAGAUCAUAAACUCUGUUAUAACACAAGCCAGUUUGUGUGAAAGCCAUUUGUGGAAUUUCUUUCAAGUCAGUGCUGUUUUUUUUAAUUGGUUUUCACUUCACUUUCAAGAUCUGCUCAUUUGACCUGCAGGCCUCAGUUGCAGAACUCAGGCUUGUGGAUAGAAAGGAGCUGGUGGGGGUCUUGGCUGGCAGCCAUCCAUCUAAACACCCCCAGGCUCCACCUCUCUCCGUCUCCAUGUCUGGCUCCCACCUUGCCCAAGGCAGCUGCUUGUCCCUCCUGCCCACCCCGCCCCAUCCCUCUCUUUCCCACUCCCCCCACUUCCUACCUACCCUCCCAUCCACUUGCCAUAGCCACACAUAUAUUCAUUCAUUUUUUGACCUCCCUGGGUAUCUGGGCUGUGCCAGAUUGUGUGCCAGGCCCUGGUGGGGCCACAAUGAGUUCAACCCAUGGUCCUUGUUUGGAAUGUGAGGUGAUUCAGGUGCAGCAUGACAGAUGCAGAACAGAGGCCUGUGCUGGCGUCAGUCACAUCAAGGGGCAUGACCGAAUCAAACCUAUGGGUAAGGGUGGGGGUACCCCUACCCUGAGGGGUGGGGGUGUAAGCUGAGCUGCAGAGCCCAGCAAGAGCUGGUGAUUCAGAAAGGGCAGGAAAUGCUAGGGAGAAGGUGGUCCUGAGAUAUAGGUGUCUGAGGCUGCUGCAAGGCACAGAUGGGCAGACAGUGAGGAUGCGACUCUUGGAGAUGCAACGGUAGGAAGGCAUUGAAGGAAAGGAGUUUGAGCUAGGGUCCUGGAGGGCUGGCUCUGAGAAGCCCUUCCAGGGGGCCUCUAGCUGUAACAGGUAAAGUGGGCUGGAGGAGCAAAGAUGUACCUCCCGAACCAUUUCCUCUCCGUCUGGAAGGAAGAAGCAGGGUUCCCUAGAGGCACCAAGGAAGCAUCCCCAUUUCUACAGAGAGGCUUGGAGCCCAGGAGCCCUGUAGGCUGAGUCCCUUUGGAAACUGCAUGGAGCUGGAAUUUGCCCACAGAGAGGUUCUGCCCAGAAGGAGACUGAAGCUUUGGGGAGUCUCCCUCCCCUACUGUCCCAUGCGGGGCAGGAAAGGACACCUCAUGAGGUUGGAACCUGAGACUCCACAUCGUGCAGCAACAUACAUUAUGUCAUUUAACUCACAUGAUAUGCCCUGGAAAUAGAUACUUAAUUCCCAUUUUACAGCAGAAGAAACUGAACUCCAAGAGGUCAACUGAUUUUCCUAAGACUAUGGGUUCUGGAGAAGCAGUACGAGAAUAACCCAGACUGCCCCACUUGUGCUCACAUCCUUCCCAGCCUGCCUUGUGUCUCCUCAGCCCAGCUGGGUCAUGUGGUAUUGUGGACAAUUGAAGAACUGGGACUUAGGACCAGGCAUCGACUCCCUGUCUAAACAUUCAACUUGCACCCGGCCCUCCCCAACAUUUUCCAUUGCCCUUCUCUUGAGCACUUUUCAUUCUCUUGCAUACUGUUUUUACUGAAUUAUCUUGUUUAUUGUAUCUCCCAUCACUAGAAUGUAAAGAAUUUUUGCUGUGUUUUUCACUGCUGUGUCCCCAGCACUCAGCAACUAGAACAAUGAGGCCAAAGCAAGUGUUCAACAGACCUUUGUAGAAGGAAUGAAUAAGAUGCCUGGUCUGGCCUCACCCCUGACAAACCAGCUUCUCACAAGGGUUUUGACAUUUGUUAAACUGCAUGCACGGCUGUCCUCCUCUGGCUUGUUGGAUUACUCCAUAAUUUCUUUGAAAUCAGUUUGACAGGUAUA